AGAAAAUGAAAACUUAACCUUUAAAUAAUUGUUCAAAAUUUAUGUAACUAAUUGACUUUUAUCUCAUUUAUAACUGAAAAAAAUUACAGUAAAUCUAAAAACUAGCAUUACUAUUCGACACUCUUACAAUGUCGCAGUUAAAAGCUUUAAAACAUCACUUUGAUAGUGUUCUGCCUUUACCAAUCAAUGACAAACAAUUAAAGGAAAUUGUGCGAAAAGCAAAAGAUUGGGCUUUAAUGCAUGGGGUCGCAAUGCGAUCGAAAACUACGUUCUGUGAGGACGCUCUACAGUUUGCACCGUUUAUUUUAGUCCCAUCGCCGUUCCCACGAAAAGAGUUUCAGAAGGCCAUCGAUAUACAACCGACCCUAAACGAGAUGAUGCACUGGGUUGCUCACAAUCCGGAUUUUUUGAGGAAUUGUUUGAAAGAUACGGUGGCGGUGGAUGAAUUUACAGGGAACCUAUUUAAUGUCUACGAACAAAUUUUGACGGAAGGGACAGCACAGCCUUUAUCAUUGGGCCUUCUUCGAGCAGAUGUGAUGUUGGAAAGUGAAUGUAAAAAUCCAACAGAGAAUUGUUUACCGCAUUCAAUAUAUUGCUGCAGUAGACAAGUGGAAAUCAAUACUAUUGCGGCAGGAUUUGGUUGGCUUGGACCAAUAUCGACAGGAAUUCAUAGGUUUGUUCUAUCCGAAUUGGGUCAUCUUGAUAAACUUAAAAAUUUACCAGAAAACCACGCUCUACGAGGUUUAUGUGAGGGAUUAUUAGAAGCAUGGAAAUUAUAUGGAAAUCCCAAUGCUGUGAUACUUUUCAUUGUAGAAGAGGUUACAUACAAUAUCUGUGAUCAAAGAUUCCAUGAAUUUGAGUUGGUUCGAUUGCAACCUCAAAUUGAGAUCGUGAGGUGUACGCUUACCGAAAUAGCCACCUACGCAACCUUAGAUUCGAAUAAAAAACUUAUUGUGGAUGGCAAGGAAGUUGCCGUUAUAUACUUUCGAGCUGGUUAUGAACCAAGUCACUAUCCAUCCCAAAAGGAGUGGCACGCGAGGGUGCUAAUGGAAAAGUCGUUAGCGAUCAAGUGCCCUUCCAUUCAGUAUCAUUUGGCAGGUACCAAAAAAGUACAGCAAGUUUUAGCCAAAUCCGGGGCACUCGAGAAGUUUUUGUCAGAGUCAUGGAAAGUAGAUGCUGUCAAGAAUAUAUUCACUGGAUUGUAUAGUUUAGAUUUUGACGAACAUGGCAAUAAAGCUGUACAAAUGGCACUUGACAGUCCGGAAAGGUUUGUGUUAAAACCACAAAGAGAAGGUGGUGGGCAUAAUGUAUAUGGGGAGGAGGUAAGGGAGGCGGUAUUAAAAAUGAAAGAUAAAAAAGAACGUACCGCUUGGAUACUUAUGGACCGCAUCAAUCCUCCCGUAACUUCAGGAUAUAUGAUUCGGCCAGGCUGUCCUGAUAAGCCAGAUGUAGUGGAUUUAGUUUCUGAAUUGGGCAUUUUUGGAGUGAUUAUAGGUGAUUCAGAGAAAAUAAUUUGUAACCGUCAAGUGGGUCAUAUGUUGAGGACAAAAAUUUCUACAGCAAAUGAAGGUGGUGUCGCUGCGGGUCUUGGCGCAUUGGACAGUCCCUAUUUGAUUGAAUAGCCAUCACGAUGAGAUAUAGGUACAUGUAUUUUAUAGGUGUGUACAAUGCGGAUGGUAAUAAUAAAGAAGAAGUGGUAGCAGAUUUAUGUAACCAUUUUAAGUGUGUAUUACUAUUCUUUGUUUCAUGUUAAGUACUUUUACAGGGGGACCAAUUAGUUAUUAUUUUGUGAGGUGUUGCAGUGAGAGCGCACCAUAGGUAAACAGAGUUCAUGUAUUUUUUCGCUAAGGUUCCACUAGAGGGCUUUGAUAUGUAUUUGAAGUUAGCGUUCAACGUACGUUAUUGCGCUUGCCUGAUGUCAAAAAAAGAUUGGAGUAGUACGAUGAACGCUAAUUUCAAAGGCCCCAUGGAUCCUUUGCGAAAAAAUACAUUGCUGUUUCGCUGUGGUGUGUUCUACCUUGGUCACACUGUAUGUGAUAUGUUUAAAUAUGUUGUACUCAUUUGGAUUGGCAUUGCUUGUAUUUGUUCAUUGGUCACUAAGGAGUAAGGAUUAUACAUUUUAUUAAUAUAAAAACAUGAAUGGCUGAAGGCGGAAAUUGAACUUCCAAUGUGGAAUAAAAUUUUAAUUUAUGGCCAAUAGCAAAUGUUAAGGAAUUCAAUUUUGUUGUGAUUAUGGAUGUUUUUGGUACUAUGGUCAUUGUAGGCGUUCACCCGACAGUGCCUUUUAUUACAAAGCUUUCUUUAUAAAUGUUUCUUAUGUUACUUUUUAUUAAAUUUUUGUUGAUUUUU